AUGGAAGGUCCUGUGGCUGGGCCAGGACAGCAUACAGAGGACCCCCAGCCAGGACUGGACUGGGGCCAGCCUGGGCCUCCAGCAACCAUGCCUGAUUCAUGUUCUUUCCAGAUGGACUCUGGGGUCUCAGAGCCUGGGGAGCAGGGCCUGACAGAGGCAGGGCCGGAGCAGGAACUGCGGUGGUUGGAUCUGGGCUCCGAGGAGGCUCUGGGAGCUGGGACACAGGGGCCCAGCACCCCACAGGCCUGGGGGCACCUGCUGCAGGCUGUGUGGAAGGGUCACACGGGCCUGGUGACACAGCUGCUGCGGCAAGGGGCCAGUGUGGAGGAGAGGGACCCCGCGGGCCGGACUCCGCUCCACCUGGCUGUAUUGCGCGGCCACGUGUCGCUGGUGCGUCUCCUGCUGCAGCGCGGGGCUCAGGUUGGAGCCGCAGACCGCGGGGGACGCACACCGCUGCACGAAGCUGCCUGGCACGGGCCGUCGCGGGUGGCAGAGCUGCUGCUGCGGCGCGGGGCGCCGGCGAAUGCACGCUGCCUGGCCGGCCUCACACCGCUGCACUGGGCCGCCGCGCUGGGCCGCACGCUGAUGGCUGGGCACCUGCUGGCAGCGCCGCAACCGGGCCCGACAGCGGCAGACGCGCGCGGCUGGACGGCGGCGCACUGGGCGGCCGCGGGAGGCCAGCUGGCGGUGCUCGAGCUGCUGGGGGCGAACGGUGGCGUGCGCCUAGAUGGCGUCCUGCUCGUGGCGGCCGAGGCUGGGCGCGCAACUGCGCUUCGUCUCCUUCUGGCUCAAGGGGUGCUGGUGGAUGCCCGGAACGGUGUGGGGGCCACUGUGCUGGGCGUCGCGGCCAGCCUGGGCCGCCAGCAGGACAUGGAGGUGCUGCUUGAGUACGGGGCAGACCCAAGCCUCACAGACAGGCAUGGCCGCUCUCCACUCCACAGGGCUGCUGCUGGUGGACAUCUGCUUGCCGUCCAGCUGCUGGCUGCCUGGGGAGCAGAGGUGGAUUCUCGGGACCUGUUGGGCCUCAACCCCCUGCACCACGCUGCCCGGGGAGGCCACAUAGAGGUCACUGGCCACCUCCUGGACAGGGGUGCAGAGGUCAAUGCCGCUGGCUGGCUCCACAAGACCCCCCUGCAUCUCGCCAUGGAGCAUGGCCAUGGCCCCACCGCAGAGCUUUUGCUGAGCCGAGGGGCCAGCCCCACCCUGCGGACACGGUGGGGGGAUAUGGCCCAGGACCUGUGGCCUGCCCUCUGUGGAGAGCAGGAGGAGUCCUAG